AUGCGUUUUGGCAACCCCUCUCUACUACGAGACUCUCCUCACCAAUACGGGAUCGACUCUACUAAAAAUUUAAAGAAGAAUCGAAUGCUGGAAUAUAAUUCCUUAACCGAUUGUUACCUAUUUAAGGCAAUCGGAAAGAUCAUUCAAGAGAGGGAGAGAAAUAGACAAUUUUCGAAGCUGGCGCACUUCGGGACCACCGUGCGGCUCGGACUGGGACGGCCGUCCCAAAUGGCAAAAUUACACAGGCUGGGACCCCCAGGGACCGGGACGGCCGUCCCACUUUUCCGGGGCUUGGGACGGCCGUCCCAGCUUCGGACGCGCGUCCCAACUGGCUGGAGCAAGUUGGGACGGCCGUCCCACCUUUGGGACGGCCGUCUCGACUGUUCCGCCGGUUUGCGCGUUUCGGGACUCCGGGAAGCUUUCCUUGCCUGUUUUGGACGUCGGUUGAUGCCGAUAUGCGUCUGUUGA